GAAGAAUCACGACAACCGACAAAAUGGCCCCAGCAGCAUCUACCGGUGGCAAGAAGCAAAAGAAGAAGUGGUCCAAGGGCAAGGUCAAGGACAAGGCCAACCACGCCGUUGUCCUCGACAAGACCACCUCCGAGAAGCUCUACAAGGAUGUCCAGUCCUACCGCCUGAUCACCGUCGCCACCCUGGUUGAUCGUCUCAAGAUCAACGGCAGCUUGGCCCGUUCGGCUCUUGCUGACUUGGAGGAAAAGGGAUUGAUCAAGAAAGUCGUUGGCCACUCGAAGAUGAACAUCUACACCCGUGCCGUCACCGCCGAGUAAACGGUUUCCUUUUCGGUUCGGUUGUGCUUGCAAAUUCAAUUAAUGGUGUUUUUGUUUUAUCUAUGACGAAUUAAAUACCUUUUCUCUCCCAUAAUGUGCGAGAACCACAUGGUCAGUGGUUGAAAACGACUACGACAGUUCGGACGGAUACAGUUAUGGACAUGUCAAAUAAAAACGAGACGAGAUUUUCAAUUAAUCGAACUCGGAAAUUCUUCCA